ACUUCCGGGUGAUUAGUGCGCAGGCGCGGUGAGUAAGCCGGCAGCAUGGCAGAUAACUUAUUGUCGGAGCAGUUGUUACAGAGACUACAAGAUGGAGAUAACAAGGCAGUGGAUACCCUGGAACUGGCGGCCGUGCUCAGUGUAGAUCAUCAGCAGGUAGUGGGGGCAGUGAAGAGCCUGCAGUGUCUGGGAGAGAUAAUUGAGGCAGAACAGCGCUCCAGCAAGAAAUGGGAGCUCAGCUCGGAAGGGGAAGAGAUUGCCCAAGUGGGAAGCCACGAGGCCCGGGUCUUCCAGAGCUUGCCCAAAGAAGGCUUGCUGCAAGCCGAACUAAUGAAACUGCCGUUUGCUAAAGUUGGCUUCAGUAAAGCCAUGUCCAACAAAUGGAUCCGACUGGAUAAAGCAGCAGCAGGAGGGCCCUGCGUCUACAGAGUGGUAGAGACCAUAGAGGAUACGGUGAAGGAGAAGCUCCAGCUCAUCCUCAAGGGAAGGGCCGAUGAUGUGAACGAGAAGGACAAGAACGAGCUGAAGAAAAGGAAACUGGUCAAUGAAGUGACGGUUAAAUCCUACUGGGUGACAAAGGGAUCCGGCUUCAGCACAAGCAUCACCAAGCAAGAGACUGAUCUGACCCCAGAAAUGAUUGCCAGUGGAUCAUGGAGGGAGAAGCAGUUCAAGGGCUAUAACUUCAAUGCUCUGGGUGUGAUGCCAGAGUGCGGCCAUCUGCACCCACUGCUGAAGGUGCGCACCCAGUUCCGACAGAUCUUUCUGGAAAUGGGAUUCACAGAGAUGCCCACCAAUAACUUCAUAGAAAGCUCUUUCUGGAAUUUCGAUGCUCUUUUCCAGCCGCAGCAGCACCCUGCCCGAGAUCAGCACGACACCUUCUUCCUGCAGGAUCCAGCCUUAGCCACAGAGUUUCCUAUGGAAUAUCUAGAAAGAGUUAAGAAGGUUCAUUCUGAAGGAGGAUAUGGUUCCCAAGGGUACAAAUAUGACUGGAGUAUCCACGAGGCACAAAAGAACAUUCUGAGGACACACACUACAGCUGUUAGUGCUCGGAUGCUGUACAAACUGGCACAUCAGAAAGAGUUCACCCCUGUGAAGUAUUUCUCCAUUGACCGGGUGUUCAGGAACGAGACGCUCGAUGCAACGCACUUGGCUGAGUUCCACCAGAUUGAGGGGGUGGUGGCAGAUCGGGGUUUAACUCUGGGAAAUCUCAUGGGAGUUCUAAAGGAAUUCUUUCACAAGCUGGGAAUCACUAAACUGCGCUUCAAGCCAGCGUACAACCCUUACACAGAGCCUAGUAUGGAAGUGUUCAGUUACCAUGAAGGGUUAAAGAAAUGGGUGGAAGUUGGGAAUUCUGGACUUUUUAGGCCGGAGCUGCUGCUGCCGAUGGGUCUGCCGGAAGACGUCAACGUAUUGGGUUGGGGCCUGUCGCUGGAAAGGCCAACGAUGAUCAGAUACGGGAUAAAAAACAUCCGUGAACUGGUGGGACACAAAGUCAACUUGCAGAUGGUUUACGAUAGCCCUAUCUGUCGCCUGGAUGCUUGUUGAUGAUGAUGAUGAUGAUUAUAAAGGAACGUUUGCAGUACAAGACCUUCUUGUCCACUCGGGGAACACACGGGGCUUUCUGAUAGGAUACAACUCCAUUGUUUAUUUAUACUUGUACAUGAGUAAAAGCAGUACUUUUUCUAUAUAGUCUGACUUUAUACAAACUCUGAGCCUCUUUUCUAAGCCCUGUAUCGGUUUGAUGGUUGGCCAGUGUGCUAGGACGGGUUACAUAACCACCCAGUAAAUCUUAUUCUGCUCCA